UUUGUCAUUUUGUUGUCAAUCAUUGGGAUAAGAAAACGGCAGUCACGAAUGGUGCACUCCCUCGCCCUGCCCAUGGCUCUACCGCUCUACUGAACCAACAAAUAUGCACUCUCCUUCCACUUCUGCUCCUCCCAUUUUCGCUUCAACAAAUUAAAUGCAUCACCAACGUUAAUUCGCUCCUGAUUCCCUUCAAAAUCUGCGUUUGGAGCUUCAAUUUAGCUGUGAAUUUUUCUGGGAGCCACUGGCCGAGGAGUUUAUGGAGGGAAAUUCCGGCGGCGGCGGAGGCGGAGGAAACGACGUGGAGCUUCUAUCGAAGACGCUGCAGGUGGAACACAAACUCUUCUAUUUUGAUCUCAAGGAGAAUCCUCGCGGGCGGUACCUCAAGAUCUCGGAGAAAACCUCAUCCACGAGCUCCACCAUCAUCGUCCCCUCCGCAGGCAUCUCCUGUUUUCUCGAUCUCUUCAAUUACUACGUCAAUUCCGGCUACGACGACCAGGACGUCUAUAGCAAAGAACUCCAGCUCGACUCCAAGGUCUUUUAUUUCGAUAUUGGUGAGAAUAGAAGGGGCCGUUUUCUCAAGGUAUCUGAAGCUUCAGUUAAUAGAAAUCGCAGUACUAUUAUUGUCCCAACAGGAAGUGCUCGAGAUGAGGGAUGGGCAACAUUUAGGAAUAUUUUGGCAGAAAUAAAUGAAACCUUAAGCCUUUAUAUCGUGCCCAAUCAGCAAACUUCUGAAACUUCAGAACGUCUAGGACUUUCAGAUGAUGUAGGGGCUGGUUUCAUAUCCAGCCACAGCUCUCAGCCUGCUCCAAAACCUAACUUGAAUAUAGACCACUCCGUUGAUUUGCCAGGACCCGAAGAAAUUAAUAACUUAGGGGUCUCUAAGGUAAUCAGAGUUGACCAGAAGAGAUUCUUCUUUGAUCUUGGAAGCAACAGCAGAGGCCACUUCCUAAGAAUAUCUGAGGUGGCGGGUUCUGAUCGCUCUUCCAUCAUUCUCCCAUUGUCAGGGCUACGUCAGUUUCACGAAAUGGUGGGUCACUUUGUUGAGAUCACGAAAGAUAGGAUCGAAGGAAUGACGGGCGCAAACGUUAGGACAGUGGAUCCUCCUCAUAGAUGAAUGCUGGUACUUCUCUACUCAUAUGAGACUGAUAGAUGUUAAUUGUCUGUCUGGCUUUUCAUUGUUGAUUUGAAUUGAAGUUAAAUAAAGCAGGUUAUCUAUCUGUAUGGAGUAGCUUAGUAAUUAGUAUACAAAGUAUUCGAUUGUCAAGUGUGAAUGUGAGGUGAGAGGCAAUAAGAAGUAAAGUAGUGAGUCUGUAAUUCCUGGUGUUAAAUGGCUAUGUUAACUCUGUUGUCUAUUGCUUUAUAUUUUACUUUUUCUUUAUUC